UAGAGGAGAGCAACAGUAUAGGCAUCAUUGUAAAGAAGCAACAUUUCUGCUGUGGUACAGUUGCACACUGGGAACCAGGAUGGCUCAACUGUCACUAUGGAUUGGCAUUGCUGCACUGAUAUUUCUUCAAAAUGUUUCUGCCUUUAACUUGGUUUGUUACUUCACCUCCUGGUCUCAGUACAGGGAAGCCCCAGCAGGCUUUGUCACUGAUGACAUUGAACCAGAUCUUUGUACCCACCUCAUUUAUGCUUUUGCUAAUAUAUCAGGCAAUCAAAUCACCCACUACGAAUGGAACGAUGCUACUACCUAUGAAAAUCUCAGGGGACUUAAAACUAGGAAUCCCAAACUGAAGAUUCUUCUGUCUGUUGGUGGAGCUAAAUUAGGCUCUGCACCCUUCCGGAAUAUAAAUACUUCUCCUGCCACACGCUCGGAAUUUGUAGCAUCCGUGAUCAGCUUUCUUCGGACCAAUAAUUUUGAUGGUCUUGAUGUUGCUUGGAACGAGCCAAGCCAGAAUGAUAAAAGGCAUUUGGUUAAGCUGGUUCAGGACCUGAAUCUAGCAUUCCGCCACGAGGCCCGGAGGAAUCCAGAGAGGCAAAAACUCAUAUUGAGUGUGGCAGUACCAGCUGGAAAAGAAGCUAUUGAUAAUGGCUUUGAUAUCCAGAAUAUUGCUAGAUUUGCAGAUUUCCUUAAUGUCUUGUCCUUUAAUUUUCAUGGUUAUUGGCCAGAUCAUAGUCACCCCUAUACCGGCCAUGGAAGUCCCCUUAGGAAGAGCAGAGCUGACAGAGGAUCUGCUUCCGCUUAUAAUGUUGACUAUGCUAUCAGAUAUUUGAAGACCAAAGGUGCCCCUAAUAGGAAAAUUAUCAUGGGAAUUCCUACCUAUGGGCAGACUUUCACUCUUUCUUCUGUACAGACUGGGGUUGGAGCUCCCGCCUCUGGCCCUGGGCUAGCUGGCACAUUCACAAAAUCAGCAGGAACCCUGGCAUAUUAUGAGAUUUGUAGUUUUAAUCAUGGUGCUACAAAAGAAAAUAUUGAAGAGCAACAAGUCCCCUAUUCUUAUAAAGGAAACCAAUGGGUGGGUUAUGAAGAUGAGACAAGCGUUCAGAUUAAGGUUCAGUAUGCGAAGAACAACAAUUUGGGAGGUAUUAUGAUUUGGUCACUUGAUCAAGAUGAUUUUUCAGGUACCUUCUGCAAGAAGGGCAAUUAUCCACUACUUGCUGCUAUUAAAAAUGAACUAAAUAAAUAAAAACAUCUAUUUGCCAAAAAAAAAAAAAGCCCCAGUUUUAAAUAGCAGUAGAAUCUUACAGGUAAGGUCAAAUUUUGGCUUUCUUUUAGGGAUUAAAAACAAAUGAUAACUUUCUGUGUGGUUUUGUUUACUUCUAAAUAAAUGCUUAAAGUUGUAUUACAAAUAACCAGUUAUUAGUUCUGUAUUAUUUCAUGGUUAAUGUUAUUCAUUUCUUACCCAUAUUAAAUAUAUUUUCAUUAUUUUGAUCUAUUUCUGCAGUAUGUGGUCUCUUGGCACUUUGCCUAGGCCUUUCAUUAUAUAAAUAAAUAGUUUAUCUUGAUCAUACUGUAUUAAAAAUGUUGAUAAGUUUCAUUAAUUGUGUUGUCUCAAAAAAAAGACUUAAUACUUUCAAUAAAGGAUUUGCUUCCCUUUA